GUCGUUUAGAAAUUUAUCUACUGUGAUAGUUUGUCGAUUUGCUGAUGAAUUAGUUGUAACUUUUUGAAACAAUCCUUUUCUAGUUUUUAGUUUUGUUUAUAUUCUAUAAAAUUUGGCAUAGAUUUGAAAAUGAAAGAGGAUUGUGUGAAUUCUCAGGAUUGCUGUCUGCCAAGGUGCUUACUUCAAUCUUUUGAUGGCAUCUUAAGGUCAAUUUCAGGCCGAAAACAAGCGAAAAGAAACGGACCCAUUAAACCGUGGAAAGGUUGACGUUUUGUCAACCCUCAAGAAUGGGAUUAUGAUCAACAAGUAUCUGGCGGAUGUAAACUGACAAAAGGGAAAUUUUGUGACAGCAAGCCCCUCCUUUUGGUGUUGGUUUACGGUGAAACGUGUAACGGUGUAGUCGUGUGUGUUGCAAAAAAAUUGGAAAGUAACACCUACGAUGUCUCAGGGUACUUUUCGGUGGAAGAACAUUUUCAGGAGGGCCGAGAUCGUUUUAAUCGUCUUCCUCGCCUUGGUGUCGAACCGUGUGGAAUGCCAGCUGGAAUGGACGAACCUCCCGGCGGUCGCGAUGGACUACAAGGUGCACGUCGACCCGGGGAAAGAGGACUGUUACUACCAAUAUGUCAAUCCGGGUGCCACUUUUUACGUCAGCUUCCAGGUCUUGAGAGGCGGUGAUGGCCUGGCAGGGUUCGCCGUGAGGCAUCCGUCAGGGCAAGUCGUCCUUCCGUACGAGCUGAGGCCGAGUGCUGAGUACCAGGAUCAACACUCGACCGGAGGUUACUACCACAUCUGUGUUGACAAUCACUACUCCAGGUUUGCUGAUAGGCUUGUCAACUUGUAUAUGACUGUCAUAAGGUAUGACCAGUGGGAUAUUUACUCGAAGGAACUGGAGGAAAUGGAAAUUGGUGUUGAAAAUUUUACGACCUCCAUUCAAGUUGUCGAAAGAAACAUUAAUGAGAUGCUCAUGCACCAGAACCAUUUCCGAGGGAUGGAAGGAAGGCAUUACAACUUGCUCGUCGACAACAACAACUACGUCCAGAGAUGGUCGAUAAUGCAGAUAGUCGUCACAGUCGCAACAUCGUUAUUGCAAGUCUAUUUUGUAAAAAAACUGUUCGAGACGAAACAAACGAAACCAAGAGCGUGAGCAUGGCCAUAUGAAUUAACAAUGAGACUGCUGUAAAACGAAUAAGGGAAAACAAUUUUAGAAGAUGGGAAUUCUCCACUUUCUAAACAGGUACAAAAAAUUUAAAUAUUUUCAUCGUAAUUUUGUCUUAUUUGUUUAAAAAAUAUGAAUUAUCAGGGGAAAACAUAUAUUAAGAGUUAAUUUUAAGCUGAUAUUGAAUGUAAGUCAGGGUGUACGGUUGGCUUAUUGCAUUUAACAACUUUGUAUGGAUGAAUUAUAUAUUUUUUUGUACGUUUUGAUUUUUUUACUGGAAAAAAAAAAUAAACAUGUAUGGUUGUAGGCUGAUUUAUAAGUUUAAAAAAAGAAGACUUAUUGUUAUAAUUUGUACAGUGAGUAAUUUUAUAUAUAUGUUAUGGGUUUAAAGUGCAAAUUCUAUUAAAUUUCUCUGUGAUAUUGGAGAGUAUUAAUAUGAAAGAGAUUUGUAUUUUAAUAAAGACCAGAUUAAAACUU